AUGGCUGAAGCUGCUCGACAGAGACCUAAACCACGACCUCGGGCUCGAGCUCCGGCAUCUGUCUCUACAGAGUCUGCAACGGGCCUGUCUGAUGUCAACGUAACGACUCAGAAUAGUGCUGUUCCUGCCAAAGCACCGGUGAACGCGGUCGAUGACGAUGACGAUGACCUCUUCGCCUACCGUCGUCGCCUCAUGCGCAAACUCGCCAGUCAAACCAUCAAGGACCCCUCUCCCCCUCCCUCUGUUCCCGCUCAAGGUUCCGGUUCUGAACAAGAAGAGUCAAGUGGCAGGAAGAGGAAACGGAGCAAGAAGAAGGGCGAGGCGGACUGGGUCAGGAGCGGUGUCAAUUUGGCCUCGGACAAGGCCGUCGGAGAGAGCGAGGAAGCGUCUGACGAAGACGAGGUGGAGGACGAGGACAGAGGGGUAGAUAAAGGUUCCAAAGGCUCAACAUCAGCAAACCGGAAGAGCACACCGAGUGAUCCACCUGGGGAACCCUUGACGAGCCCCCUUUCUGCUACCAAUCCCCAUACAGGUGCACCAGCACCCGUUCAUAUGCCUGACUCGGACUCGGACGACGACGAAGCAGACGUUUCCCUCCCAGCCCCGGAUCCUGAUCUUAUCGCCAAGAUCCAGGCUAGACACCUCACAGCGAAAGCUCUGAGCGGUUCCGAUGUCCGAUUCGGCGGGGAAUCCUCGCUCGGUACGGGGUCGAAGUGCCAAGUGAUGGUCGAACCUAAGAUUGAUCCUGGGAAGGCGGUGGAUAUGGGAGUAGUCGAAAGAGGGAAGUGGGAGACCAAGAAAGCUUUUGAUGCGCCACGAGACGAACCGUUGACCUUGAUCUACGAGACCUUGGGCCAAGCUCUAGGAAUCUCAAAUCCAUCGAGUAACAUCAUCAUGGAAUUCGACAAUGGGACCCGGAUAUGGUCAUGCUACGCUACUCCUAAUUCACUCAAGUUUCCGGAUUCGACAAUUACGCUCUUCGCAUACGAGAGAAGCCACUAUGAGCAGGUCGAGACCGCCCGUAAAGAAGCAGAACGCAUUCGGUUCCAGAAUCGAGUAGCGAACAACGAAAAAUCAUCGACCCCUGAACCAACGGCGUCUUCCGCUCAGACCACAGCACAUGCACCAAUAUCACGUCCGGGAUCUCUGGCAAUCAAAGUGCCAGCCGUUACCAAAGCAACGAUACCAAGUACGGAGCCUAUCGAGAUCGAUUCGGAUUCAGAGCCGGAAACUCGAGUUACUCAGCCAGUCCAAAGGGCAGCGGACUAUUCUUCCGACAUCGAGAUCCUUGACUCAGCCCCUAAACCAACCGCCUUUAUGCUCGCUCCCCGCCAUGCCGAUACGGCAGGAUCAGAGCCGCCGACGACCCCCUCGAGCAUCUCCGUUCAGAUUCGGGGUCAGGAAGGCGAGUUGACGGGCAAUGUGAGCUCGACCACGACCUAUGACGCGGUCAUCAAAUAUUACGCUAGCAAGAUGUCGAUCCCCGUCGAGCUACCUGCGACAGGCAGAGGGAAGAACAGGGUACCGGGGAAGAAGCUGAAGAUCGAUUUCGAUGGGGACCUGUUUGACGGAGCAGGAAAGAUCCUCGAGCUCGAUCUUGAUGGCGGCGAGACAUUAGACAUCAAAUACGUAUGA